AUUCCAUCGAAGUCGACCGACGUCAUUUCCCAAUUAUGUCCGUCUUUGGCUUUACAUCGCCGUUCGUGCCGCUCCUUGGCCCGACGCUGCUCCAGAAGGGAGGAAAGGAAGUGUCCACGGCGGAAAUCCUCCACGGCAAGACCGUGGGCAUCUACUUCAGCGCGCACUGGUGCCCGCCUUGCCGCGGCUUCACUCCCGAGCUGGCCACGUACUACAAGACGUUGCAAGCCAGCGGGAAGCCGUUUGAGAUCGUGUUUGUCAGCUCCGACAAGGACCAAGCGUCGUUCGACGAGUACUUUGGCGAGAUGCCGUGGGCGGCGGUCCCGUUUGCCGCGCGUGACGUCCACAGCGCGUUGAACUCGUUGUACAAGGUCCAGGGCAUCCCCACGCUCGUGAUUGUGGACGAGCACGGCAACACGAUCAACCCGAACGCCCGAAGCAAGGUGUCCCAGGACCCCGAAGGCCUCCAUUUUCCGUACGUCCCCAAGACCCUUCCGCAGAUCCUGGGCAACCACUUCGUCAACCGCGACGGCCAGUCGUUCAGCGCGGCGGACCUCAAGGGGAAGCACUUGGGUCUGUACUUUUCUGCGUCGUGGUGUGGCCCGUGCCAGAACUUCACGCCCGUCCUCGCGGAAGCGUACGCCGCCGCCAAGACCGCGGGGAACGAGCUCGAGAUUGUGUUUGUGAGCGGCGAUCGGUCGCAGGGCGACUUUGACGGGUACUUGAAGAAGAUGCCGUGGCUCGCGAUUCCGUUCGAGUCUGCCAGCGCAGUGUACGAGGAGCUGGGCGAGGUGUACGACGUGGAAGGCAUUCCUCACUUGGUCGUGUUGGGCCCGAACCGCGGUCCGACCCGUCCGGUGGUCAACAAGGACGCGGUGUCCGUGGUGCGGUCGGACCCCAAGGGGUUUCCGUGGGCCCCCAAGUCGGUCGUGGAUCUGUCGGAAGGCGCGAGUUCCGGUGGGUUCUCCAUCAACGAAAAGCCGUCGUUGGUCGUGUUCUACUCGUCGCUGAGCGAAGCGGAGCAAGUCGCGGUGGACGCGACUCUGAAGACCCUCGCGGCAGAGUCGAGCAAGGGAGUCGUGUGUCAAGGGGACGUGUGCACAGUAUCGGACGAGCCGGCGGUGAUCUUCUUCACGAGCAAGGACAAGGAGAGCGGCAUCGCCGACCAGAUCCACAACCUCACCAAGUCCGAGUCCGUCCACGGCCCGCAUGCGAUCCUGCUCGACAUCUCCGAGCGCAAGUUCUUUGUGCACACGGGAGCGAUCGACGCGGCCGCGCUGCGGGACGUGCUGGCGCAGUUUCAAGCCAAGACGCUUGCUUUGCAGGCGCUGGAGCUGUAGGCGGCAAAUUUGAAAGUGGCGCCAAGGUCGACGGUUUCGUAGUAUAAAGUUUCAGAGUAUUUGAAAAACUGAUUUCGAUAUCUGGCUUCUUAUAUUUUGGAACGAAUUUCCA